AUGGCUCUCCCCCAGUUCGCCAAGGUGCAGUUAUCGGGUGGACAGAAGGCUCGAGUUGCGUUGGCUCGCGCUGUGUAUUCAAACUCGGAGGUGAUCUGCCUAGAUGAUGUCCUCAGCGCAGUUGAUGCGCACACUGCUCGCUACAUCUGGGACCACUGCCUGAUCGAAGGGCUUAGUCGCAACAAGAGGACUGUUAUUUUGGUCAGCCAUCAAAUUCAGUACCUUUCACGCCCGGAAGUGGACUCUGUGAUCAUGCUUCGGAACGGCCAGCUGUGGCUGCACGGGCCAUGGAGCGAAUUGGCGAAAAGCGGGGAUGCUUUCCUGAGCCUCGUGCAGGAGUGGGACGUUGCCGAAUCUCAAAAACCCUUGUCCCGGCAGUCCUCAUCGAGCUCCUUGCAAGAGACAGUCGAGAGGGAGCGCAAUGCCGAUGAGUUGAUCAGUCUUGCGGAAUGCCAGUCUGCUGUGGGCUCUGUGCUGGGAGCCUUGGAGGGACGCCGCAUUGAUGCAGCCUUGAUCCGCAACGUCCGAGACACCCUCAGCGGAUUUGCAGACCUCCAGACCGAUCUCAUCCGUGAAGGAAUGAUCUCUUGGCCAGACUUCCGAUUAUACCUGCAAGCCUUCGGUUCCAGAUACGUCAUCACCCUCAUGCUGUUCGUAAUGGCUUUCUCCGCAGUGAGCCAGAUCCUGAGCACUUUAUAUCUUGCUGAAUGGACCAGUGGCAAAGAGUCGGCGACUGAGCAAGAGCACAGCGUUCUGAUCUAUUUCCUGAUCAGCAUCUCGACAGCUUUGGCAAACUGCACCCAAGCGAUUCUGCUUACAGUGUGCGCUCUCCGCGCAUCUCGCAGCAUCCAUAGCGACAUGCUGUGCAAGGUCUUGAGUGCGCCCAUGUCCUUCUUUGACUCUUCGCCUACUGGUCGCAUUCUAAACCGCUUUCUUCAAGACGUUCAGAAUAUCGACAAUUUCCUGCCGGAUUCUAUCUCGGACCAGAUAAUGAAAACCUUGACGAUUGUGACUCAACUCUCGCUCGUCUACAUCGAGGCGCCCUGGGUGCUGUGCAGCUUGCCGAUCCUCGCCGUACCGUAUUCCAUGAUUUACCAGCGCAUGCGAAUUCCGAACCGCGAUUCGCGCCGCUUGGAAAGCGCAGCUCGGAGUCCGGUGUACACCCAUUUUGGCGACACACUCCACGGUCGCGAGACCGUGCGGGCUUUUGCGGCAGAGGCUCGCUUCGAGAAGGAAAACUUGAGGCACAUCAGCACAAUGGCGCAAGGGCUGUAUGGUAAUCAAGCGGUUGGAAAGUGGGCACAGGCGCUGACUACACAGUGGGGCUGCAUUUUGUACUGCAUCUCGGCGUUUGUGUGCGUGGAGCUAUCCCGGCGAGGGCUUAUGCAGGCGGGUCACAUGGGACUGGUGCUACUAUAUUCUGCACAGCUACAGCGGGGCAUGAUGGACUACAUGAUGGGGGCCGCUGAUGUUGAGACUAAGUUUGUGUCUGUGGAGCGCGUCGCAGAGUAUCUGCGCCUUGAAGAGGAGAGUUGGGACGGGGAGGCGCACGCCAUGCUGGGGACUGCUUGGCCCAGCCAGGGCGAAGUGCGUUUGGAGGCUGUGACCAUGCGCUACCGACUCCAUCGCGCACUGGUGCUGAAAGGAGUCGACCUGUUCAUUCCUAGCAAAUCCAAACUGUCAUUCUGUGGACGCACAGGCUGUGGGAAGAGCUCUCUAUUCAGUGUGCUGAACCGUUUGUACCCACUGGCAUCUGGCCGUGUACUGAUUGAUGGAGUGGACAUCAGCCAGUUGUCGCUGCAGAUUCUGCGAAUGAGCAUCCGCGUGGUGUCGCAAGAGGCAUUCCUCCUAUCUGGCUCCUUGAGACAGAAUCUGACCAUGGGCUCGAGUGAGCACAAUGAUGAGGUGCUGUGGCAUUGCUUGUCUGUGGUUGGGUUGGCGGAGAAGGUGCGCGCUUUGCCUGGGAGUUUGGAUUUCCGUGUGGACACUGCUGGUGGCAACUUCUCUGUGGGAGAGCGGCAGCUCCUGACUCUAGCGCGCGUCCUCGUGCCAAGCAUCCCCUGCAGCCUCGAGGAUUGGGUACCUCCACGCAUGCUACUCUGCGACGAGGCCACGGCAAACAUCGAUGUCCUUACAGAUGAGAAGGUGCACCAGGUCGUGCUGGAAAUGGAUGCUACUGUAUUGAUGAUUUGCCAUCGGCUGCAGCACAUCGCUCGAUUCCAGCAAGUCGUGGUGCUUGACGCUGGCUUGGUGGUUGAGCAGGGCUCACCAGAGGAGUUGCUGGACUCUUGCAGGAGGCCCCUCUCCCACUUGGCACGCCUUUGUGCGGCGGCGGGCCUCUGA